AACACCGACUUAACGUAAUGAGAGAUUAGUUUCACAAUACGUUUGUUGUUGCCCAAGUCCCGAAAUUUAGUCGUAUAUCUAAAUGCAUUCCCAAAACUUUAGCAUGUUUUAAUCGUUCCCUUAUACGCGGUUAGGCCUCCCAUCCCCAUCAUCCUGAAACAACGCAGCAGACAUGGUAGAGCCAACAACACACAAGUUUACAUCCCUUGAAGAGGAGCUGAGCUUCUGGAAGGAGCAGGCAGAGGCACAUCAGCUAAGGGCUGAUGUGGCUCAGGAGGAGCUGCAGGAGUUUCAGCAGAUGAGUCGAGACUAUGAAGCAGAACUGGAAACAGAGCUGAAGCAGUGCGAGGGUCGAAACAAAGAGCUGCGUUUAGACAACAACCGACUCCGCACUGAGCUGGAAAACAUAAAGGAGAAAUUCGAGACUCAGCAUUCCGAUACUUUUAGGCACAUCUCAGCCAUGGAGGAAGAACUUGCACAAACCAAAGCAGUGAGAGAUCACCUGCAGAAAUACAUCAGGGAGCUAGAGCAGUCCAAUGAUGACCUGGAGAGGACCAAAAGGGCUACCAUCAUGUCACUGGAGGACUUUGAGCAGCGGAUGAACCAUGUCAUUGAGAGGAAUGCCUUUCUUGAGAGCGAGUUGGAUGAGAAAGAGAACCUGCUUGAGUCUGUCCAGAGGCUGAAGGAUGAAGCCAGAGACCUUCGCCACGAGCUGGCUGUACGUCAGAAGGAAAGACGACCAUCCAGCAGCCUGGGCAAAGACACAGAUCGGGCAGAUCUGCCGUGCCCCUCAGCUGGUAACCCAUCCAUCCCCAUCACACCCUCCAAACCUCUCAGCUCAUUUGCCACUCCCCCUGCCUCCAGUAUUCGACGAGGUGACGGUCUAACAGGGACUCCCCUCACGACGUCUGCUAGAAUAUCUGCACUCAACAUUGUAGGGGAGCUUCUGAGAAAAGUUGGAAAUCUGGAGUCAAAGUUGGCAUCCUGUCGAGACUUUGUGUACGACACCUCUGUCAGCAGACCAGCACUCCCGGCUGGCCCUGGUAGUCCUACUGGUUUAGAGGGAGGCCCUGAGGUGCAAGCUAGCAGCAUGAGCCCCCCUCCUCAGUACGACAGUUUAGUGAAGCGGUUAGAGUUUGGACCAGCUCCUCCGAGAGGCGUCUCCCAGGGUCCCCAGUCCCCACAGGGAGGGGUCAAGAUUCUGCUAUGAGAGAGAAAAGGUCGAACCACCUCCCUCCUUCAAUAACCUGACCCCCUCCACCCAUCCCCUCUCCAUCCUUAAUAAACCACAGCAAUGGGACUUUGAACUGAACUGUCUUCCUUGUCGCCACGUGCCCUGCUGAACUAUUUUGAACAAGAAAGCCACUCUCCUCGCUCCGUGCCCCACAUUAUCAGCGCAUGGACUUCUGCCUCAGGCUAGUAUAACAGCAUAUCUAUCAUAGCAAGCAGCACUACAGCUUGUGUAACAUCAAGGAGCGGGGAUUCUUCUGCUCAUACUAUAUCUUCUAAUGUAUCUUUGACACUGUGGUGAGUAGCAUCGAAAAGAUCCGUCUGUGUCAACUGAUUUGCUUUCUGUGGUGGAUCAAGCACAACAGGGCUGUCGAUACAUUACUGCUCCCAGAGGACACAUUUAGGCUGGUUGCUGUUCUUGUUCGUUGAUCAUGAAAUAGGGACCCAAAUAAGGACCAGAGGUAUCAAAAACAGCCACUGGGUGUGACCCUGAUAGAGGGACCAAGAACCUGGAGUAUCAUUUAUACAAAGGUUCGAUCAUACAAAUAUUGUUUAUGACCAAAUCCAAACUAAAGCUGUGAUAAAUGAAAAACUGGGUAUAUUUACAUGCACACUAAUAUUCCACUAAUGUUCCAAAUGUGACAACAUUCUGAUUAAGGCUUUUUUUUUUCCCUGAAGGAUGCAUUUUCUGAUUAAGACGUGAGAUAUGAUGGUAUUAUUUGGGUUUUAGGAACAUUCUGGAAUGUGCAUCUGAACUGUGGUUUUUACCGCAGUUUGCGUCACACAGCCUCUUGCCUGUUUUCAGUCGGCCUUGUGUGUUGUUAUGUAUGCAUUGUACACAAACCAACUCUCCAACAGUUUGCAAGGCUGGAGUAGAGAUGUAUACCCUAAAGGAAGGCUAGCAUUUCUGGUCGUAAGAAGAGACACACCUAAUUUUAAACUUUAUGGAAAAUUUGGAUAUCAGCAUGUUUUUCUGAUAUGUGCAAAUAUCACAGCGCUGACCCUUUUAAGAAGGUCAUUCAAGUUAUGAUAGAGAGGCUGUGUUCACAUGGUCAAACAAGUCAGCCACUGGCAGAAAACUUUGAAAAAAAUACUGGCACGAGUGACAGCUGCAUAUUUUGAUGUCAUAAAAGAUAUGUUAAGGCAAGUUAAUCUGCGUAUACAUGGCUGCCAGUAACAUUAGUGGAAUAUUAAUUGUUAAUAGCCAUGUAAAUGGCUUAGUAGGAAUAUUGUCUUUUUUGGAGUAGGGGGAAAAGAAUGGAAUAUUUUGUGCAUGUAAAUGUAGUCACUGCUCAGACAUAAAAGUUAUAGGUUAGCGUUUUUUCUCUUUAAGGCUGAUAUAAAAAAAACAUGGUUAAACUUAAUUCAUUUCAAUAACAAAGUCAGUUUUUGUGUUUUUUUUCUUCUUUAAGCUAUGGGCUCAAGUAAUGUAGCACUGAACAACACUGGUAUGAAUUAACUUCUGUUGUGGAGGAGCUAGAUAUUGGCAGAUGAAAGGAUGAGUAGGUAUAGCUGAGGCUGGAGCAGCUGCGUGACACGCCCACCAGUUACAUGACUCACCCGCCAUACUCGCAUGUCAGUCCGCGGUCAACCCCUUCAAUCCUUGGUUGUGAAGCAGAAGCCCUGAAGAAAAUGCUAAGUUACUGUUUAGCAGGUUAUGAAGUGUUGGUUUAAAAGAGAGACGGUUAUGGUAAGGGUAAGGGUUACGUCUCAUUACUUACAGGGUGACUCAUGUCUUCAUGUGUAAUGAAUUCUAAAGUGGAUUAUUGCUGUGUUUGGCCUAAUCUAUUCACUACAAAGUGGUGUUGUAGCAGGGCUCAAAUAAGUGUUGCGUUGGUGGGUUUGUUUUGUACUGGUGGUGGGCGCGGUUUGCAGGGGUGUGUCGUGUAGGCUCCGAAGGGAAUGAGGCUGCAGCUAUAUGUCUGAAACAGAUGGUUAAAAUCACUUCUCCAAGCUGAGCUCUUAAUAUUUGUUUUCUAUGAGAGACUUAAUGUUGUCCACAGCUGCAAAAACUUAUAGUUGAAAAUGGAUCAGUCGCUGCCAGGAAACUAGUGUUAGCAUUUUAGCCAUCGCUGCCUUCAUCAAUGUUAUUACCUCUUCAGUUUGUAAGCCUUGCUUUGCUGUCAUCGCUCAGAUAGAUGAAGUGGGUCGUCUAUUCCUCAUGCUGCAGGUGUCUAGGAAUGAGAUAUGGUCACUUCCCUUCAGGCUAGUUUAAUCUCACAAAGUAUCAGUUUGACCCAGGUUCAUUGUUUCACCUCCUUCCUGCCAUUGCGCAGGCUUGUUUAGCCGGCUCAUUAUUUUCUAGUAUGCAAGACUUAUGAAUGUGAAGUAUAAGAACAGGUUUUCUGCAGAUUUAUGAUCUAGUGUCACCAAUAACUUUUGUACUGAUUUAAGUUGACUGUAGAAGUUAGAGCGGCACAUGUUCACUACUGAAUGUAUAUUAAUAAUUCUCUAAUAGGUGUGAGACCUCCUGUCUGCCAUCAGGAGCUAUAUGGUGGGCGAAUGAGGAAAGAUAUUAAGCAAUAAUAGAUUUGAACAGGUCAAAGAUAAGCACAGUUCAUAGUAUAUUUGUGUAGGUAUAUAUAGAGCCUAUAUUGAGUGUCCUUUUCCUGCCUUUUAGUAAGAGAUAUUGUGAAUGGAGAAGUAAGAGUGGUUAACAGAUUUAAUGUGACAUUUCUGCUUUUCCCUUAAAUGUUUGUGGUUAUUCUGUCACUACUGCCAUCCAGCAGCUCAUUAAUAGUAAUUUGGAUUUUUUGAAGUGGGGUUGUGUGAGGUACCUAUCCAUAGUCAGUGUAUUACUUACAGUAGAUGUCAGUCGGCCCUCAGUUUGGACAAGUGUCAGGAGUACCGACAAGGAAGCUAAGCAGUGCACUACUAUGGAGGGGUCAGCAGCAAAACAUAUUUUAGCUACCUAAAAUAAUCAGUAUCACUUAAAGUGUCAUUAUAUUGAGAGUAUUUUCAGUUCUUUACCGUAGCGUCAGAGAGUGAUUUGAGACAGGCAACUGAAGCUGUUGUGUCGCUCUCUUCAAAGCCAGACUCCUUUUUGAAAAACGGUGCUUUAACAUCGCUGUACACAGGAGCUUCUGGUCCGCUGCUGCCUCCAUCAAUUAGUUUGUGUUAUUACGUGACCUUGGUGUCAAAGAGGAACAGUUUGGGUUCACCAAAGUCACACAAUAAUGCAAACUAAUUAACUUAGCAAAGCACCGGUAGACCCGCAGUGUCUGCACCUUCAUGUUUUGUGGCAUGUUUUAAGGUAAAUAAGUUUACCUAACUUGGUUGUGAUUGGCCAGUGAGCCUGCACGCUCUUAUGCACACUUCAAAUGACAGAAAGGGCCUCGAAAAAGAUAGACCUUAUGAACAAAUUCAAAUUCCAACAAAUUGCAGGACCUGCGGUUUAUUUUUGACUGCCAUUCCUGCAAGAUUUGUGUUGAUCCAAUCCCAAUGCAGUCCUCUAACUGACACUGACAGAUUUGAGUAGUGGCUAAAAUAUAGUUUGCUGCUACCUCUUAUCUACAGCAGUAAAUUGCCUAGCUUCAGUGUUGUUACUCCGACUGACAUCUACUAAUGCAAUACACUGACUAUGGAUAAGCAUCUCGCACAACCCCACUUCAAGAAAAUCCAAACGAUCCCUUUAGGCAAAUACUACAGUACAUAUCUAAUAUCACAUCAUCACUGUAUACUGCAGUGUAGCCUGUGUGUAGAGUUGUGGUUAAUACAUGUAAGAACUGGAUAACCUGCUCCUCUUUGCUGUUUAACCUCCUUUAAACUAACAUGAGCUAACUGUAAUUGUAAUCCAUGACCACUGUGUACUGGGUGUUCGUAUACAGCACCUCUGCAACUGCUUCUGUAUUUGGACUUAAAACUGUAUGUGCCUGAGGUACUAUACCCAACUCUGAUCCUGUUGAUUUGUUUUUCUAUUGAACUGAUGAGAUGGGAAUAAUGUCAUGAUGAUCUUUGACGUUACUGACCAAGAUGGAAACAUUAAAAGGAAAAAAAAAAUUUUUUUUUUAAAGGUCUUUAUUUCUUGUGCAGGUGGUUCAACAGUAAUACAAUACAAUUUGUGUCAUGUAAACAUCAGUUGGUUACAUAUAACAUGAUCAAAUGAGGAUGAGUUGGUUUAGGGUGAUCUUUUUAAACAUGUACAGUAAAUCAGGACAAAAAGGGGAAGAAAUACAAAAUUAAGAUGUCCAAUACUGAAGUCUGGGUCUUGAUUUUAUAGUUAACCCUAAACCUUAUUGAGUAAAAGCAAUCUAAACAUAUCUGGGCACAAGAAAGGUGCAAAUAA